CUUUUGCGGUGAUGUCAGCCCCGGCGAGGACUUGCAGGCACUGCCGGGGAGAAGCGGGUUCAGACGGCAGGCGGAGGAGACGCGGCGGGGACGGAGCUGGAGCAGCAGAGAGAAAGAGAGAGAGAAAGAGAGAGAAAGAAGCAGCAUCCUCGGCUUGCUCCCUCUCCUUCCUUCCUUCCUUCCUCCCUUCCCUUCCUCCGAGGAAGCCAACCGCCUUUCCUCCGGGUCCCCUCUCCUUCGGGGAAGGGAUUUUGGAGCCGGGAAGCCUCUCAGCCCAUCGGGGAUGCUUUAAACCAGAAGGCAAGGAUCCCUCUCCUCGCUCAGCCAAGUUGCAGUCAACUUCCAGGCUCCUUCUUUCCAUUCCUCCUUCGGUUUUGCUUUCUUGAACUUGCUGCAUCCUUGGACCCAGCAAGUUCCCUUCCUCGCCUUCCUUGCGACUUCGGAUCUCUCUGAAGCCAGACUCCCGACUUGGAGGAUUUCCCUUCUCUCUCUUUCUGGGGGUGGGAAGAAAAGCAUGGCUAAGGACCCCCGGUGAGGAGCAAGACGGUGGAAUCCGAGCUCUUCUUGGUGUUUGGUGGAACAACCCACAGCCGUUCUGGAGAUGGACUUGCUUUCCAGGACCUACCUUUUGGCAGUCUUAUUAGCCUCCAUCGUGUUCCAGUCUGGUGCGCAGGAGAAGAAUUACACAGUGCGGGAGGAACUGCCAGAAAAUGUCCUAAUUGGCAAUUUGCUUAAGGACCUCAACUUGACCCUAGAUCCUGAUGUGGUCCUCUCGUCGCCUCUUCAAUUCAAGCUGGUGUACAAGACCGGAGAUGUCCCACUUGUCCGUGUGGAGGAAAAUUCAGGAGAAAUAUUCACCACCUCCAACCGCAUUGACCGAGAAAAGCUUUGCUCCGGCAUUUUCAGCGAGAACCGCUGUUUUUAUGAAGUGGAAGUUGCUGUCCUGCCUGAUGAAGUCUUCAGGCUUGUUAAGAUUAGGUUCCUGAUUGAGGAUAUAAAUGACAACGCCCCCCUUUUCCCAUCGACGGUCAUUAAUAUCUCCAUCCCGGAGAAUACAGCCAUCAAUUCCCGCUAUUCCGUCCCGUCGGCGGUUGAUCCUGACAUUGGAGUAAAUGGCAUUCAGCACUACGAACUCCUUAAGCCCAAAACAGCUCCAAAAAGGACCUUUGGAUCCAUUACAAAUGAACAGGGUCAAAAUGUAUUUGGACUUGAUAUAAUUGAGACACCCGAGGGGGACAAGUGGCCCCAGUUGAUUGUGCAGCAGAUCCUCGACAGGGAGCAGAAGGACACCUACGUGAUGAAGAUUAAAGUGGAAGAUGGUGGGAACCCUCCGCGAUCCAGCACUGCCAUCCUCCAAGUGACGGUCACUGAUGUGAAUGACAACCGGCCAGUGUUUAAGGAUAAUGAUAUUGAAGUCAGCGUCCCUGAAAAUGCCCCUGUGGGCACCUCGGUUUCUCAGCUUCAUGCCACUGAUGCUGACCUGGGAUCAAAUGCUCAAAUCCACUUCUAUUUUAGUAGCCAAAUUUCCAACCUCGCCAAAAGGUUGUUUGCCAUUGAUAACACCACUGGUCUCAUCACCAUCAAGGAGCCGCUGGACCGGGAAGAGUCCUCGGUGCACAAGCUAACCGUGCUGGCAAGCGAUGGCAGCUCAACACCCUCAAGGGCAACAGUGACUGUGAAUGUCACCGAUGUUAAUGACAACAUCCCAUCAAUAGACACAAGGUACAUUAUAAAUCCUGUGAAUGGGACUGUGCUUUUGUCAGAGAAAGCACCACUCAAUACGAAAAUUGCUCUGAUUACUGUAAUGGAUAAGGAUGCUGACCUUAAUGGUAAAGUGACAUGCUUCACCGAUCACGAUGUGCCAUUCAGAUUAAAACCUGUGUUCGAUAACCAGUUUCUACUGGAAACAGCCACAUUUCUGGACUUUGAGACUACAAGAGAAUAUGCUAUUAAAAUAGUAGCUUCUGAUUCGGGGAAACCACCUUUGAACCAGUCUGCCAUGCUCCUCAUUAAAAUUAAGGAUGAGAAUGACAAUGCCCCGGUGUUCACGCAGCCCAUUAUUGGACUUUCCAUCCCUGAGAACAAUGCCCCUGGCACACAGCUGACCAAGAUAAGUGCUACAGAUGCAGACAGUGGCCGCAAUGCCGACAUCAGCUACAUGCUGGGAUUGGAUGCGCCUCCCAUUUUCAACCUGGACCGUCGCACCGGCAUUCUGACAGCAGUACGAAAGCUGGACAGAGAAAAGCAGGAUAGAUAUUCAUUUACAGUGCUCGCUAAAGAUAAUGGCAUGCCGCCUUUGCAGACUAAUGCUACAGUGACAGUUUCAGUCUUGGACCAAAAUGAUAAUAGCCCCGCUUUCACACACAAUGAGUAUAAUUUCUAUGUGCCAGAAAAUCUACCCAUGUAUGGCACUGUUGGACUCAUCACUGUGACAGAUGCAGAUUCUGGAGAGAACGCAGCAGUGACUUUGUCUAUUUUGAAUGGGAGAGAUAAUUUCAUCAUCGAUCCCCUCACUGGUGUCAUAAGGCCCAAUAUAACCUUUGACAGGGAGCAGCAAGGCUCUUACACCUUUCAGGUGAAAGCUGUGGAUGGAGGAAGGCUGCAACGCUCAUCGACUGCCAAAGUGACCAUCAACGUGGUUGAUGUGAAUGACAACAGGCCUGUAUUUGUCAUCCCGUCAUCCAACUACUCGUAUGACUUGGUUCCAAUGUCCACCAGCCCUGGCUCUGUUGUCACGAAGGUUUUUGCUGUUGACAAUGACACAGGAAUGAAUGCAGAGCUUCGCUACAGUAUUAUAGGCGGGAAUUCAAGAGGAUUGUUUGUAAUUGAUCAGUUAACCGGCAAUGUUUCCUUAAGAGAAAAAGUCGUAUCAGCAGAUCAUGGUUUGCACAGACUAGUAAUCAAAGUCAACGAUUUAGGACAACCCGAGUCACUAUAUACUAUAGCACUGGUGCAUUUAUUUGUGAACGAAACAGUCACCAAUGGAUCGUAUGUCCAAGAGUUAGUGCGCCGAAACAUGGAAACACCAGUUGGCCAAAAUGUUGGGGAUGGUGAGAUCACUCCACAAACCAAUGAUUAUGUCAAGAUCAUCAUUGCCAUAAUUGCCGGCACCAUGACCGUAAUAUUGGUGAUCUUUGUUACCGCUCUGGUGCGAUGCCGCCAAACUCCUCGGCACAAAGUUGUCCAGAAAAGCAAACAGAGUGGUGAGUGGGUCUCCCCGAAUCAAGAAAACCGCCAGAUCAAGAAAAAGAAGAAGAAGAAGAAGCGUUCUCCAAAAAGCCUUCUUCUCAACUUUGUGACAAUCGAAGAAUCGAAACCUGAUGACCCGGGUCACGAGCACAUCAAUGGCACUUUGGACAUUCCUGUCGAGCUAGAAGAACAGACUAUGGGAAAAUAUAACUGGGCCACCACGCCAACUACCUUUAAGCCCGACAGCCCAGAUUUAGCAAAGCACUACAAGUCUGCCUCUCCACAGCCCACGUUUCAAAUCAAACCUGAGACUCCCGUGCCACCCAAGAAGCACCACGUCAUUCAGGAACUGCCUCUGGAUAACACCUUUGUGGUGGGCUGUGACUCUCUCUCCAAGUGUUCCUCCAGUAGUUCGGACCCUUACAGUGUUUCUGAAUGCAGCUGCCAAGGAGGAUUCAAAACUCCAGGCUCCAUCCACACCAGACAGCUCUGAACGUCUUCGCAUCAGCUGUUAAGUACUGAAGUCGUAUACAAUGAUGUUAAGCCAGCAAACAUGGAAAUAUGGGAAUAGCACGAGAAAGCCCUUUGUCCUCUCUCCCUGAUUGCUGAAGAAUGUUAUCGUCCGAUCUCCAGAGGGGUUUUCGAAGUGGCGCUGAACAUUUCAAGCUGCCCUACUGAAAGGUAUUCAGGGCAAGAACAUUCAGAAUGGAAAGGAAAGAAAUGACAAGACAAGACAAAGAGAGACUUUAGAACAUGCUGUUGUAGUUGCUCUAUAAUGUAGUUUUUGCCAAGACAAAGGAAGUGGUGUCAACCAUCACUUUAUGGGAAUGGUGGGUAACUAUGAUACAACUUUCAUUUUCUUUUGAUCUCCUUUUAUUUUUUGUUGCUUAUCAAUACUUUUGUCCUUUAUAGAUUCAUGCUUUUAAUUUAUUUAUGUUGAGAAUAUGCGCUAUCCCUUUCCCCAUUCCUUUUUGCCUACUGAAAGAAAGGAGCAAUAAUUUUUACGCAUAUACGUUUUGAAAGACAAAGAUAAAGUUCUUUAUACUCCCUGCAUUUCUCAAUAAUCUCUGUUGUCUCAUGCACCGCACAAUGAGAAGUUGUUGUUUUGAGGUAUUGUGUAAGAAAGGCAUUGGUUUGGAUCUAGAGGCAGACUUAGGCUGAGGUCUUGUCUACACUGCCCUAUAAUCCAGUUUCUGAAUCCAAAUUAUCUGCUUUAAACUGGAUUACAGUGUUCCCUCACUUUUCGCGGGAGUUACAUGUCAGGACCACCCACGAUAAGUGAUAAUCCACAAAGUAGGAACGCUCCGCCCACACCUCUCCCUCCCUCCUCCCUUGUCUCUCACUACAGUGUUCCCUCACUUAUUGUGGGUGUUACGUGCCAGGACCACCCGUGAUAAGUGAAAAUCCACGAAGUAGGAACGCUCCACCCACACCUCUCUCUCCCUU